GAUGAAGAGCUGAGAAGAGGAUCGGAUUUUGGGGAGACAAACAUAAAUAUAUUUCGUCUCUCUCCGUUUGUGGGAGAGUCAAAAAAGCGGAGACCACGGAGAAAGGGAUAGGAAGACAGCUUGGCUUGGAUUUCUAUCCUAACGACCUUAGCGACGAAUAUCUUUUGGUGAGAGAAGAUCUAGUGAGACUGAGAUCGAACGAAGCUGCUCUCUCUCUCACACACUUAUAGUCUGCAACUUUAAUGGCGAAUCGUCAAUCACAAAAAAUUUUGCUUUGUCGGAGAAAAGUUUGAGGUUACUGGAUUAGGGUUUAUGCUUCGCGCCUUUUUUUUCUUCUUCUUUUUAGCUUCAGUAUGAUUUGGAUGAUCGGAGCAGAUCUAUAGGGUUCUGAGUUGAAUUCUGGGAUGAUCGGGACGAGAGUGGAAUAUGUUGAAACAUGAGGCUUCGGUAUAGAAGAAAUGGGGUGUGUGUUUGGAAAAGAGGUUUCGUCUGGGGUUGGUUCGGAGUUGAGGGUGAAGGAGAGGGAGGUUGAGAAGGAGAAGGAAAAGACUUUGUCUGUUCCAUCGGGAAGGAAAUCGCAGGGUACGGUAUCAAAGAUCGAGACCACUGAAGUUCAGAAUGGGGAGAACCAGAAAGAGGAGAAGCAGGAAGGCAGUCAACGACCGCGUGGAGAAAGGAGAAGGUCGAAGCCGAAUCCGAGACUUGGUAACCCACCAAAACAUGUGCAUGGGGAGCAGGUCGCUGCUGGGUGGCCAUCUUGGCUCUCUGCCGUUGCUGGUGAGGCGAUUAAGGGUUGGACUCCUCGUCGAGCUGACACCUUCGAAAAGUUGGAUAAGAUUGGACAAGGAACUUAUAGCAACGUAUACAAAGCUAGAGAUACUUUGACGGGGAAAAUUGUUGCACUGAAGAAGGUCCGGUUCGACAAUCUUGAGCCUGAAAGUGUGAAGUUUAUGGCUAGAGAAAUUCUAAUCCUUCGGCGUCUUGAUCAUCCUAAUGUUGUGAAGUUAGAGGGUUUGGUGACAUCAAGGAUGUCGUGUAGUUUGUACCUUGUAUUUGAAUACAUGGACCAUGAUUUGGCUGGUCUCGCUGCAAGCCAAGGAAUCAAGUUCACAGAACCGCAGGUGAAAUGCUAUAUGCACCAGCUAUUGUCAGGACUUGAGCACUGUCACAAUCGUGGUGUAUUACACCGUGACAUUAAGGGAUCUAAUCUCCUGAUUGACGAUGGUGGAAUGCUUAAAAUUGCUGAUUUUGGGUUGGCAUCUUUCUUUGAUCCCAACCACAAGCACCCCAUGACUAGUCGGGUCGUCACACUGUGGUAUCGACCACCUGAACUUCUUCUAGGGGCUACUGAUUAUGGUGUAGGUGUGGAUCUCUGGAGUGCAGGCUGUAUUCUAGCUGAGCUUUUGGCUGGAAAGCCGAUAAUGCCAGGGCGUACAGAGGUCGAGCAACUGCACAAAAUUUUCAAGCUAUGUGGCUCACCUUCUGAGGAGUAUUGGAAAAAGUCAAAGUUGCCCCAUGCAACCAUAUUUAAGCCCCAACAACCAUACAAAAGAUGUAUAGCAGAGACUUUUAAGGACUUUCCACCAUCAUCUCUCCCACUAAUUGAAACUCUUCUUGCAAUUGACCCGGCUGAACGUUUAACUGCUACGGAUGCAUUGGAGAGUGAGUUCUUCACAACCAAACCUUAUGCAUGUGAGCCUUCAAGCCUUCCAAAAUAUCCUCCAAGCAAGGAGAUGGAUGCUAAACUGCGGGAUGAAGAAGCUAGAAGGUUAAGAGCUGCUGCCAAAGGCAAUGGUGAUGGUGUGAAGAAAACCCGUUCACGUGAUAGAGCAGUCAGAGCAUAUCCUGCUCCGGAAGCCAAUGCCGAGCUUCAAGCCAAUCUUGAUAGGCGGCGUCUCAUUUCGCAUGCAAAUGCUAAGAGCAAGAGUGAGAAGUUUCCUCCACCCCACCAGGAUGGAGCCCUUGGUUUUCCCUUGGGUUCUUCACAUCACAAUAUUGAUUCGUCCUUCGAUCCCCCUGAUGUUCCAUUCAGUUCCACAGCACUAUCCUAUUCCAAAGGGCCAAUACAGACUUGGUCUGGUCCGUUGGUGGAUCCUGCUGCUGUUAGUGCUCCUAGGCGUAAAAAGCAGAAUGCUAAUGAUGCCCGUGCACCAAUUCAUCCUUCAAAAUCACAGAAAGAUAAAGGUGGUGCUCGCAUCAAAGGGUAGGAAGGCAUUGCAUAAAGAUGUCUGAACGUCUAUGUGCUUGCGAUUUGAUUCAUUUGGUGCUGGUAUCUUUGCCAAGGAUGCUUAUACAUUCCAACACUUAUUAAACCAGCCAUCAAACCUUGUUAAGAAAGUGU